UCGCGACUCUCACCACAACCUCAUUCCCGGUCUUUCUAUCUGCUCGAUAUGGGAAACGCUGCUUCCGGUGGUCUGCCUCCGCAAGAUGGCGCUCAGAACCCUCAGAACAACAAAGACAAGCCUGCGAAGGAGGAGAAGAAGAAAUGGGAGCCACCUCUACCCACGCGAGUAGGAAAGAAGAAGAGGCGGGGUCCUUCUGCAGCCUCCAAACUCCCUGCCGUUUAUCCAACCACUCGUUGUCGCUUGAAACUACUGAAGAUGGAACGCAUCAAGGAUUAUCUGCUUCUGGAGGAAGAAUUUGUUCAAAAUCAGGAGCGCCUCAAGCCUGAAGCCACGCGUGAAGAGAAGAAUGAAGAAGAUAGGUCCAAAGUCGAUGAUCUGCGUGGUACUCCCAUGUCGGUUGGAACCAUGGAGGAAAUCAUCGACGACGACCAUGCUAUCAUUAGCACCGCUACCGGCCCCGAAUACUACGUUCCUAUCAUGUCUUACGUCGACAAGGAGCUCUUAGAACCGGGAUGCGCAGUUCUCUUGCACCACAAGAACCAAGCUAUCGUCGGCGUGCUCGACGAUGACGCGGAUCCUCUGGUUAGCAUCAUGAAACUGGAUAAAGCCCCUUCGGAGAGCUAUGCAGAUAUCGGUGGGCUUGAGACACAGAUUCAGGAGAUUAAGGAAUCCGUCGAACUCCCGCUGACUCAUCCCGAAUUAUACGAAGAAAUGGGAAUCAGGCCUCCGAAGGGCGUCAUUCUGUACGGUGUUCCCGGCACUGGCAAGACAUUGCUCGCAAAAGCUGUAGCAAACCAAACAUCAGCUACUUUCCUUCGUAUCGUUGGGUCGGAGCUUAUACAGAAGUAUCUGGGUGAUGGCCCCAAGCUUGUCAGAGAGCUAUUCCGGGUUGCAGAAGAACAUGCACCUAGUAUCGUUUUUAUUGACGAGAUCGACGCGAUUGGAACCAAGCGAUACGAUUCUACUUCGAGUGGUGAACGCGAAAUCCAACGGACAAUGCUGGAACUCCUAAAUCAACUGGACGGUUUCGAUACUCGUGGCGAUGUCAAGGUCAUUAUGGCGACAAACAAGAUCGAGUCGCUGGAUCCUGCUCUCAUCCGGCCUGGUCGAAUUGAUCGCAAGAUUGAAUUUCCCUUACCAGAUGUCAAAACUAAGCGUCAUAUCUUCAAGUUACACACAUCUCGCAUGAGCCUAAGUGAAGACGUUGACUUGGAGGAGUUGGUUAUGACCAAAGAUGAUCUCUCUGGUGCCGAUAUCAAGGCUGUUUGCACGGAAGCUGGCUUGCUCGCUCUACGGGAGCGUCGCAUGCGUGUAACCAAGGCCGAUUUUACAUCCGCUAGGGAAAAGGUUCUCUACCGGAAGAAUGAAGGGACGCCGGAGGGUCUAUAUCUGUAGUCUCAUUACUACUUACUUGAACAUGUAAUUCCAGCUUUGUCAUGAUUCGCCAGUAUCGAUCAGAGGAUGACCAUAUGCGUCACUUUCAGAUAUCCAUUUCUGUUUUACCCCUCUGGUCCUCACAUACUAGUCAAUCAGCCAGCCCUUUCACUCUCUUGACCUGCAGAAAGAAUUGAGAAUCAGAUGGCUGUCUCGGAUUACUUUUGGUUCGAUGACGGAUCGCUCAUCUUGGAGAUACAAUCGAAGAGGUUCAAGAUUCAUCGGACUCUACUCACAAGACAUUCGCCGUACAUCUCUUCUCUUCUUCAGAAUGCCGUGCCGACGAUGGCAGAACCGCAGGCAGUUGUUAUAGACGCAUCGCGGGACACGUCGGCUGAAGAUUUCGAGGUCCUGCUCCAGCAUCUGUACCAUGACUUCCCAGUCACGGUAGAAACCCCAUUCCCUCGCAUCGCCGCUAUCGUUCGCAUCACAUCUCCUGGACAGUUGCAUUUCCCCUCCUUGCAUGACGUUUCCUUGCGAUACUUUGCCUCGCUGUUUCCGAGCGGACCCACUCCGUUCGUGCACCCGCAUCCGUUAGAGGAGGCGCUGGAUCUGGCCACCGCCUUCGAGGUGACUUCUAUCCGGAAGGGUCUCUACUACAGUCUAAUGACUUCGACCGACUUUGACACUGGGCCUGCCUCAUCGGACUUUGUUACGCACUCCGGAACAGAAUCAGAUACUCAGGCGCUAUCCGCAGUGGCUGAAUCUGCGGAGCUUCCUGGAAAGGUGCCCUUGGACAUCUACAGACACACACUCUCUGCCAAAGACGCCCAAGUCUGUAUGCAUCUGAUGACUCAAUUCAUAGAGUACUUCACCCCUGUGCUUUUCACGCCCCCUGCGACUGCGCACAUGGCAUGCACCGAUGUUUUCGCAGACACGUGGCUCAGGUUGGUCAUUGAGCCAGCGCUUGGGAACGAAGGGGUGUACAAGCCCCUCGAAACGCUGGAGAACAUCAAGCACAUCGACUGGGCCAAGCACGGUCUGUGCGAGGUUUGUGUUGUGGACAAGAUUGCGGAGUGGUCCGAAGAGCAACACACAAUAUGGCGACUGAUGGACGGAUGGCUGCAUGCCUGAACCCAGUGCCUGGCACUUUCCGAAUCACGACUGUAUUAGACCAUGCGCCAAUAAAUGUAUGCAUUUGAGUUUGAAAGCCGCUCUUCGUUCUGUUCCAGGUCGAACAAGCCCCGUCCCACCUGAUUCUCGCAGGAUUCUUAAUCAAUUCUCUAAUCCUGACGAAUAUAUCGGUUCAUCAACUGUGAGCACCGACUCCCGAAUGCCAUUGUCGAGCAGAAGUGCGAUUAUCUGCUCUGCGAGAACCUCUCUCCUUCGCCUGAGAUGCUGAUAAGCAACGAUUGGUUCUCUAGUGGUCACCAAUCUGCGCUCCAAGUUCAGGACAAAACGCCACAAACACCAAGACCCGGAUCAUUCGCUUUCUCUCUAUAGCUCUACAAGGAGAUUAGCAACUCAAAAGAGAGAUGGGCAAUCCGCAUGUUGG